CGUAGAGAGACUCAAACAAACAAACAAACAAACAAACGAACGAACGAACAAACAAGGAUUUGGAGAUAAGCCUGGGCAGUCGAACAAGAAUGUUCUACAGCAGCAAUUCUCAGCCUUCCUAAUGCUGUGACCACCUCAUGUUGUGGUGACCCUAACCUUAAACUUACUCUGUUGCUACUUCCUAACUGUAAUUUUGCUACUGUUAAGAAUGGUAAUGUAAAUAUCAGUGUUUUCCAGUGGUCUUAGGUGAACCCUGUGAAGGUGAAAGACCCUACAGACCCCCUCCUCAGAACCCGCAGCUAGCAGGCUCCCCGGGAGAACGUCCUGUUUGCUUGAAAGAUUCUCAGGAUCAGCAGCUAGCCUGCUCUCGUGAGAGGAAAACAGGAUAUCUAUAAGAUAGGACAUCUACAAAGCAGGAUGACUUCAAAGUAGGAUACCUAUAAGAUAAGAGCAGGAUGUCUGCUGCCAGACAUCCAUGCUGGGAGAGGAAAACCAUUCAUGCCCCCCCCCCCCCCCGCCUCAUUCUGAUAACCACGCUUCUGCUUCUGUAAAUUGCUUUUUGCUGCCCUCUUUCCUAUAAAAAGUCCUCCUCCCAGUCUACAGGCGCGCAAGUCCUCCGAAAGACUUUGCCGCCCGCAGGUACCUGUGUCUACCUAAUAAACCUCUUGCAGUUUGCAUCCGACUCGUGGUCUCGGCCUGGUCUGUGGGUCCGGGGUCUCCACCUGAGGGAAGGUCCCUACCGGGGGUCUUUCAUUUGGUGCGUUGGCCGGGAAUUGAAGGCCCCCACCCAGGGACCACCGACCCACCAUCGGGAGGUAAGCUGGCCAGCACCGAUUUGUUAGUCUGUGUCUGCGUCGUUUCUGUGCUUUGUUAACUCUGUACACUCAGAUCUGGGUGCUCUGUAUCUGGCGGGCCCAGGAAGGAGCUGACGAGCUCGGACUUCCACCCCGCAGCCCUGGAAGACGUUCCAAGGGUGUCUGGAGCCCUGAAUUAGGUGGCAGCUUUUUCCGGAGCUCAAUCUGUAUCCCAAAGUCUUGCUUUGCUGACUUGGGUCUGAAUCUGGAGCCUUUUCGGUGCUCAUCUGACGGGCCACAUUCCAAAGGUGGCCGGAGCCUGAUUUUUCACAGUCUCCGUCUGAAGUUUUGCUUUCGGUUUUGCGCCAAAGCCGUGCUGAGCGUCCAUAUUGUUUGUGUCUGAUUGUUGGAUUUUUGUGUUUAAAUAUGUUCUUUGUUUUUGUAUAUCUGUUUGUGCUCGAGUCUAAAUCUGGUACCAUGGGACAAUCGUUAACAACCCCUCUUCACUUAAGAAGGGGGGAAAAUUGGGGUUUUAACUGUUUCUCAGAGACUGGAACUGAUGGUAUUUAGUAACAACAAUGUCUGUCAUUGUACUCUUACUGGAAUUGACCUGAUGAUAUUUGUAACUGCUUAUAGAAGUUGGAAAAGUUUGACACACCCUGUAAAAUGUUGAGCCUCCUCCAUAUGCAGGAUCAGAUAGCCCAGAGGGACCUGAAGUGGCGAUGGCCAAGGGGCCCCCACAAGAAUCCCCGGCCCUCUCACCUAUGGCUGGCCAACAGAGGGACAGACGCGAGCCGCCGCCUGAUUCCACCUCCCACGCCCUUCCCCUCCGAGAGGGUCCGAAUGGGCAGCAACAGUACUGGCCAUUCUCAGCUUCUGAUCUCUAUAACUGGAAACAGCAUAACCCUUCCUUUUCCAAAAACCCAGUGGCGCUGACUAAUCUAAUCGAGUCUAUUUUAGUCACCCACCAGCCCACCUGGGAUGAUUGCCAGCAACUCUUGCAAGCCCUGCUGACCUCAGAGGAAGAGCAAAGAGUCUUUUUGGAGGCUCGGAGAAACGUUCCAGGCGACAACGGUCACCCAACCCUUUUGCCUAACGAAAUUGACGAGGCCUUCCCUCUGACGCGACCUGAUUGGGACUUCACCACAGCUGCAGGUAAGGGACACCUACGCCUCUAUCGCCAGCUGCUUAUAGCGGGUCUCCGAGGGACAGCAUGCCGCCCCACUAAUGUGGCUCAGGUAAAGCAAGUGAUACAAGGGAAUGAGAAAACUCCCUCUGCCUUUUUAGAGAGGUUUAAGGAAGCAUACAGAAUGUAUACUCCCUAUGACCCGGGGAACCGGGGCAGGCCAUUAGUGUUUCAAUAUCCUUUAUUUGGCAGUCCAGUCCGGAUAUCAGAAGUAAAUUACAGAGGCUGGAAGGUCUGCAGGGGUAUACAAUACAGGAUCUGCUGAAGAGGCAAAGAAAGAGAGAAGGAAAGGAGAAUU